AUUGUUUUCACACUUUCGUUCGACAAUUUUCCCUAAUUUAAGUGGAAAAUCGGUCCUUUUAGAAGUAGAAAAGUAGUGAAUUUUCAUCUUGAGUUCUUGUUUUACACGAAAAUAAUCGAGAACACGCCCAAUAACGACGAAAAGUGUUGAAAAGCUAUAAUUUCAAGGACACAACGUCCUAACCUAAAUUCGGAAAAGCCAUAAAUCAAGUAGGAAAAGUGCUGCAAAAAGGAUUGCCAAGCAAAAAAGGAUGUCUGCUGUGAUACGAAUCAAGCGUCACAUUGACGAGGAACCACUAAGUGCGUUCCUGUUGAACUGCAAGAAACGCAAAACCGAUACAGAGUCCGAGGAAGCAGCUGGCGGGAGUUCCAAAGAUGUCGAAACACAAAUUUUGAAAUUUUCAGGGACUUUAACAAAGGCUGAAGACAUUUCCGACCACAUUUUAAAAAUCUCGAAGGACGAAGCGAAAGAUCUCGUUUCCAAAACUGCCAGAACGCCCAAAAUCACAGAAAAAAAUCGUAACGAAGCCAAAUCACAGUCACAAAACAAUCGAUUCAAAAUUGUAAAUUGCACACGAGGCUUGGAACAAGCUUCGUCGUCAUCGUCAACGUCUGCUGCCACAAAGUCAUUAACUAUUCUCGAUGUCGAAAAGGAAGACAGUGACAAGAAAAUCGAUGCGAAAGAGAAUAACACACCGUCCGACGAAGAUAAGUUCGUUUUUGACGUGUAUGUGCCCGAAAAUCACUACAGCAACAACGAAUGCACGUCUUCAGAUAAUUUAUUGAACUUCGAUGACAUUAGCGUUGUCGAAUACGUUCAAGAUUUCUACAGCUAUCGAGAUGCUUCGAUGCCAGAUUCGGAAAACGACUCAGAAGACUCUAACGACGAGAAUAACUGGCGUAACGAUUAUCCAGACGAAGAUGAUAUGGCAGGAUAUGAUGACGAUUCAAGCAUUGGGGAGAAUGAUAUGCGUCGGGCGAUGGAUGAGUUCGAUAUUGAUGACGAUCGCGAACUCUCUUCCGAUGAAGACCUUUACGGAGAUGAAGAUGCGCACGAUGGUUUCGUUUAUUCCAUUGAUUCCGAUGCGAUUGGAUUCGAAGAUGACUUGGAUUAUUGCGAUGUGAAUCGUUAUGGCGAGGCUUAUGCACGUUACAAACGCCGAAUAUUGAAAAAUUCCGACAAUAAUUACUUACCAAAAAACUACUGCAAAGAAGAUGAAGAGAGCGAUAAUGGCAGCGAGUAUUCGGGAAGCGAUUAAAAAAACUUAAAAACAAUCAAAUCAGAGACAAUAAAACUUUUGCUCGCCGAUUAUUCUCAUAAAACAUCUAAUUACGGUGGUUUUUGCAUGUCUGUCUGUCUGUUUGUUCGAACGAGUGCCAAAGAGCAACUUAACAAAGUGAAAGUGCAUCGCGGCAGUUGAACAUAAAUCUGCAGUUCUGUGCACCAUAACACGACGAAAUUUAUGUUUAUCUCGACUUUACUACAGUUUUUUUUUCGUUCGACGUCGUUCGCAACUAAUAAUAAAGUUAUCGAUACAAUAAAAACGAAAAAAAAACAAGUAAGAAAGCCUUACGUGAUAGAAAAUUU